CCAACAAAGUUUGCUUCUUUCUUUGUAAAUUUCGCAUUAUUUUUUGUCAUCAUCAUCACUCUCUAAGAACUGUAGACAGAGAGAGAAACAAAAAUUUAAACCAAAAAAAUAAAGAAAUACUGUUUUUUUAUAUAUAUUUUGGAAUGGAGUGAAUUUUUUUUUUUUUUUAUAAACUAGUGCUCGAAGAAAUGCUACUUAAUUUUCUAGUAGCAUUACUUUCUCACUAAAACCCAGAGUUUUUUCCCAUCAUUUUCUGGAGAAUUUUGAAGUACUCGACUAUAGAGAAAUAACCAGAAAGCCUAGAUAUCCAGAAGGUAUGUACAAGAACCAAUUGCAAGAGUUGGCUCAAAGAAGUUGCUUUAAUCUGCCAUCUUAUUCAUGCAUCCGGGAAGGACCUGAUCAUGCACCUCGGUUUAAAGCCACUGUCAACUUUAAUGGAGAGACUUUUGAAAGCCCUACCUUUUGCUCUACUCUGAGACAAGCAGAACAUGCUGCAGCUGAAGUAGCUCUAAGUACACUUGCCAACAGAGGCCCUUCCAAAGCAUUGGCUGCAAGAGUUUUGGAUGAAACUGGUGUCUAUAAGAAUUUGCUUCAAGAGACCGCUCAUAGAGCUGGCUUAAAUCUUCCUCUCUACGCAACUGUUCGAUCUGGACCAGGCCAUGUUCCUGUUUUUUCAUGCACAGUUGAGCUUGGAGGGUUGAGCUUUACAGGGGAACCAGCGAGGACCAAGAAACAAGCACAGAAGAAUGCAGCAAUGGCUGCAUGGUCAGCCCUGAGAAAAUUGUCUCAGCAUGGUUCAUCUUCGUCUUCAUCGCCUUCAUUGGAGUCUAAAGGAAAAGAAGAACAAGAGCAAGUUGUCAUUGCUCGUUUCCUUUCAUCUUUACGGCCAUCAAAAUCAAGGCACUCUGUGCUAAAUGAUUGUCAGCAUGAAAAGCAGAGAUCAAUUCCUGUAUGUAGGGACCUAACUCCUCCAACCCCAAGCUUAUAUGCUAUGCAGGGUCAAAGUUGGCCUUACCCUAGUUUUUCCCCUGAAAUGGCCAUAUACCAAAUAUGGCAGCAAGAACAAUUAUUGCAGCUGCAAAACCACUUGUUUACAUUUCCUGUUUCUCCAGUUCCUCCACCUGGUCCUCAGAUUCUUCCUUAUGUACAGUCUAUUUUACACCCAGAUCACUGUCUAUCAUUUCGAGCUAGGGACCAAGAACCCAUUCUAACGGCUCCCAGGCUCGCAAUUGCUACGUCAGGCCCUUCUCUUUCCUUCUCUAAUAAAUCGGCUUCUCAACCAACCAUGGGUAAGUCUACUGUGACUAUUCAAGAGAUACACGAGGAGAUAAAAGAAGAACCAUCCAAGUACUCUGCACCUGUGGUUAUAGAUCCCCCUGUUCCCAGUCAAACCAAUGUUGAAACGGGUAUCAAGGAAUCAAAACAGGAAGAUCACAAACAGAAGAAUGUUGAGUUAGAAAGCAAAGGUGAAAAUGUUCAUAGGAAGUUGGAUGCUGGUUCCUGGCCUGUCAACUACCACUCACAAACUCCACAUGCUUUUGAGUCUUCUCAUCUUGGACCACGGUAUCCUCCAAAAGCAGAGUAUUAUAGAAAUUCUAGAUCGCCAUUGUCUGCAGCAGCUCCUGUGAUGAUCAGAACAGUGAACCCAGUUUCUUCCAUGAGACCAAACGCACAAAGGCCGGCAACUCAGGUGCCUGUCCCGCCAAGAAUGAGAACCGGAGCUCCACCAUUUUCAACCAGACCCAGGUUUGAAAGAAUGAACCUUGGGGGCAUGCAUCCCAGUUCGAUGGCACCGCCUGUUAGAAUAAGAUCGGUUGUACCAGUCUGUUCAGCUCCACCACCACGAGAAAAACCAAGCUUCAACCAGGAGGGUAUGUUACCCAACAAAGAGAAGAAAGAUACACUAUCUGAGGAUGUGUCAACAGCAACUUCAGAUCUUAGUAAGCUUAAUAUGUAGAUGGAGUAUAGUCCAUACAUACCACAGGAUGCAAUCUAGUUUUUGCUAUGACUUCCCUUUUUUUAUUUUUGUUUCCCAUGGAAAUCAUCACAGCCCUGGAGAGCUGUUUUAUG